AUGGCCAGCAAAAAGCGCAAGGCUCAUCACAAAAGCCGUUUAGGAUGCAAGAAUUGUAAAGCUCGUAAGAUCAAGUGCGACGAGAAGAGGCCAUCAUGUUCGAACUGCGUUAGACGGCGAAUUGACUGCGACUUUUUGCAAGUCAAACCUAUUCAACCGGGUGGGUCUCCGGCAGCAGCGUUGAACAUGAUGGACUUGGAGUUGCUACAUUGCUACACUACUACCACGUAUCUCACCUUGUCCGAGAACCCGCUCAUCAGAGAGUUCUACCGCAGCACGGUUGUGCAGCUGGGUCUCCAUUGCGACUACAUCAUGAGGGCUAUCCUAGCCGUUUCGGGCCUGCACCUUGCCCAUCACCGCCAGCUCCAGCGUGACCAUUACCUCGCGGCCGCCGUGGCCCACCACCACGCCGCGUCGCAGGUCGCCAUUCCGCUUCUCAACAAUCCAACACCCAAGGACGCCGAAAUGCUGUUCCUCUUUUCUGUUUUGACGACAUAUUAUGCUCUCGGCUGGCCUCGCACCUCCUCGGCCGACACGCUGCUGCUGAGCAUGACCAGCCCCAACGCCGGCUUCCCCGACUGGGUGUACAUGCUUCGCGGUACAAAGGGCCUAAUCGAGCUGUCGGGGGUUCCGAGCUCCGGCCCGCUGGCACCUUUGUUCGCACACUCUCAGAGCCGAUUUAUCCUGCGCGAGGAGAGCUGCGAAUCCCUUGCCAACCGGGAAGCGUCGGCGGCCCUGACCGCGCUGACCCAGCUUGAGGAGCGGCUACGUCAGGUGUACGGCGUAGCCGUAAGAGAGUUGAAGAAGUCGUUCCGGCAAGCCGACACGUGCCGGGCGCGCGGGGAGACGUACGAGUUGAUCGACGCGUUUAUCUGGGUGUUUUUCAUGGCCGAGGAUUUGCUGCCGCUGCUGCGGGCGCCGACGACGCGUCGCGAGGCCGUGGCAAUCUUUGCCUUUUUCUGCGUGCUGCUGCACAGACUGGACGGGCACUGGUGGAUGCAGGGCUGGGGCCGCCACCUGGUCGCCCACGCGUACGACCUGCUUGAUGAAGAGGGCCGGUUGUGGAUUCGCUGGGCUGUGGACGAGAUUGGUUGGGUGCCGCCGCCUGCUGCCGAGCGCUUGUAG